GAUAGUUAAUGAUUUGAUUUGUUUGAUUAUCAUUUAACAACGAGAUAAAUAAAGGAAAUCCAAAGUUUUAAAUCAAUCAGAAAAAAAAGAAAGAAAAAAAUCGAUUAUCAAUGAAUAAUAAUGAAAAUUUAAAUAAUUCAAUACAACGACAUCGACAACAACAACAAUCAAUGACGGAAAAUAUUAAUAAUAAUCAAUAUCAACAACAACAACAACAAUUAAUGAAAAAAAUGAAAACAUUUCAGGCAUAUUUGGAACCAAACUGCCAUCGUACAUAUAGCUGUGUACAUUGUCGUGCUCAUCUUGCCAAUCAUGAUGAACUUAUAUCAAAGUCAUUUCAAGGUAGCCAAGGUCGAGCAUAUCUAUUCAAUUCAGUUGUCAAUGUACAAUGUGGUAUAGCUGAAGAACGUAUAUUACUUACCGGUUUACAUGCCGUUGCUGAUAUCUAUUGUGAAUGUUGUAAAACAACACUUGGUUGGAAAUAUGAACAUGCAUUUGAAUCAAGUCAAAAAUAUAAAGAAGGCAAAUAUAUAAUCGAAUUGGCACAUAUGAUUAAAGAAAAUGGUUGGGAAGAAGAAAAUUCUGGUCAUAAUAUAAUGAUGAAUGAUUAUAAUAAUCAUCAUAAUCAAAAUUAUCAACAAAAAUCAUAUUUUAAUAAUAAUAAUAAUAAUCAUCAUCAAUAUUAUCAUCAAAAUAAUCAGGAGCAAAAAAACGGUCAUCUUAAUGGUGAUGGAUCAUCAUCAUCGUCAUCAACAUCAUCAACAACAUCAUCAUCAUCAUCGAAUGGGUGUGGUAGUAAUGUUGAUGAUAAUGUUGGCGUUGGUGUUGGAAGUAGCCUAUCAGCAGCCAUUGCAGCAGCAAUACCAGGCAGUAGUAAUAGUCCAUCACAUGGUAUUCUUGCUGCAAGUAAUAAUCUGGAAAAAAGACGAUGACAUUCAAUUAAUGAUAAUGAUGAUGAUGAUGAUUUGAAUUAUUCGGAAUGAUGAUCACAAUUUUGGAAAUUGAUUGAAAACAAAACUAUGCAAUGAUAAUCAAUAUUGACCAUGUUUUUUAUGCCAUGUUAAUUAUCAUCAUCCUUUUUUUUUGGUUGUUUCUCUUUCUCUUUCUCUCUCAUUUUUCUGGUUUCAUCUCACUUUAUAUAUCUAACCAUACACCGGAAACACACCUACAUUUUGCCUAAUGUCUUUCGUGUUAUCACCCAUUAUUAUUAUCAUCAUCAUCAUCAUUCAAUACAAAUGUCCUUUGUAUGUAGAAGGAA